UCCUCUCCCUCCUCCACCCCUCUACUGUGCAGGUCCUGACUAUAUCAAGCAGCAGUUCAUGGACCCUGUAGAGAUCACGGAGGCCCCUGUGGAGAAGGAGAACUCCCCCUCCAAAUCUCCCCCCUCCAACAGCAAAGGCACCCCACCAGCCACCAGCCCCGGCCCCACCCCUCCGCCCUCGCCCCACUCCAAGAAAAAAGCGCAGCUCGCCAACAGCACCAGCAGCCGCAAAUCCAGCAAAGAGGAAAAGCCAGGGCGCAAGACCAGCAAAGAGGAGAAACCCACCCGCAAGACCAGCAAGGACGAGCGUCCAAGCAGGAAGGUCAGUAAAGACGAGAGGGCAUCCACUGUGGAGCCCCCUAAACCCCCUCCACCCCAGGCUGCCCCGCCCAGGCAGGAAGAGGCCCCUCCGAAGCCCCCCAAGGCCCCAGAGUCCCCCCCCGCUCUGGCGCCCCCUCCCCAGGCCCAGGCGGUAGUGUCGAGCCCAGCGAAUGGACAGCUCCACACCCAGUACCACAGCUACUACGUCAAGGCCCCUACGAGGGGUCCUCCACCCCCCGACCUAGAAGAGGGGGAGGAUGAGGAUCUCAGUCAGGCCGCCCUGGCACGCAUGGCUCCCCAACCCCCCAGGUCCUACGGAGCCUCUACUCUCAAGCCCGCACCCAACAGCAAAAGUGAACCCAAACUCAGGAAGCAGGAUUCCCAAAAGCCAAAGAGCCUCGCAGAGAUGAAGAAAGCCAGCAUGGACAUUGCAGAUGCUAUAGAGGUGGAAGCCGGUCCUAACUCAAUCCUGGUUGCCAUGGUUAUGCUUUUGAAUAUUGGCUUAGCAAUCAUAUUUGUCCACUUCCUGACAUGAUCACCUGUUUCUCAGUGAAGCCAUGGCAACUGAUUCAGCUGCAUCGCCAGCCUUUGAAAAAUCCAAACGGCGCCAGCCAACACAGGGAGGCAUUCUAAGGUGCUCGGGAAUCAGCGUGGCACAGGAACUGUGAGGGAACCAACCACCAGUCACCCUGUCACGGGCCAAACACAGCCCGUUGUCCCCAUGUUAAAACACCUUCUUCGGUUCCCGUAAGACCUGGAGGGAACUGUCGUGUCUAGGGAGUAAAAAAUGUUUUAAAACACACACCACAACACAUAUAUAAACAUACACACAUUUGAGAAGUAAUUGAAACCCACAUCACGUAUGCUGCCCCCAGCAGGGGGCCCAGGCUUACUUAGCCACUCCCCCUGCCGUCGCAGUCCCAGCAGGACUGACUUUACUGGAAGAGUGUGGAGAUGCACUUUUAGUUGACAGGAUGGAACAGCUGCCUUACUAUUUUACCACCCGAUGUUUUCAUAGGAAGAUGUGAGCGGGGCGGCCAGAGGACUGUGUUGUUGUAGGUAAAGCAUUUUAGAUGUUGGGAUGGCCCUACGUUCACGCAUGCAACCCUCGAUACAGGAAACUGGAUACGGCCAACGCUGGGGGUCAGUGCUAGCGCGGUCACUUGCCAGUCUUACUCUGUUACCCUUCCACCAUGCAAUGUUUUCAAGCUCCUCCCACCAUUACCCAGGAGCCACUGUUUGACAUGCUCCCUGUGCAUGUUUGAACAACAUUUUUGUUGUGUUUUUCAUAGUUUUUUUUUUUUUGUUUGUUUGUUUAUUUGUUGUUGUUCAUUGAAUGUUGGUUACCUGCAGUCAUAUACCACAGAAGAAAAAAAAAGCCUUUCUUGGAACUAAAUCCAUAUUGAUCAAGUGAGGAUCCGUUGAAGAUUACCCAUCUUUUCACAUUUAUUUUGGAAGUCUAAAAACAAUUUUGAAGGAUUUAAGAGUUUAAUGCUUAUUUUAUGUGUAAUAUUUUUUUUUUGUCAGAAGAAUUAUAUAUUUUGCCAAAAUAAAUAAUUUAACUAACUCCUAUUAUGUUAAUUUCUACAUUCAGCAGGUAGGAAUCCUCUCAUUUUAAAAUAACUGGAUUGGGUCAAUUGAACUGUUCACAGUGUUACUUGGUACAGUUGUAAGGACAAUGACAUGGUAACAGGCCUUAGCUACAGUAGCUUUUUGUGACUGAUGUAUGAAAAGUCUUAUGGAAAUGUUAUUUAUUUAAUAAACAUUAUAAUAUUUCGUUGAUAUUGCAACACAAACUAUUAUUGUGCAUGGGAUUUUUUAGCAUAAUUACUUUCAUUAUUCUUCUCUGCUUCCAAUGUUAUACCAAGUAAGCUGUGAAGAGCCAUUGAUGCAGUUGUCCAGGUUUAGUUCAAACACCUGCUUUAUGAGACAUUUGGAGUCUGCUUGAGUCUGGGGCUUGGGAACACUGGAUUGGAUGAAAGAAGCUGUUGGUGAAUUUGUUCAGGUUAAAUCUGUGGUGAUGUGGUUAAGAGUGAUGCCUUUAAGUCUGCACUGCUGUUUACCUCAGAAGAUGAUGAAGAAGAGGGGGGAGGAAGGAACCUCAAACAAUCAAAUCCUCGUCUUAAUUUUGUUGUGUGAGGAACUGUACUGACGGUUUCAAUUAUCAAAAUCAUUGUUUUUAAACGUGCAACUUCAUUGUAACUGUUUGUGGUCUUUGUUGCAGUUACAGCAUAAAUUUAUUUAAUUUGAAUGUGAAUUAAUAUGAAUAACAUUUUCUGUUAGCACUUUGAAGGUUCAUUAUUUAUUCAUUAUACUGUUCAUAGGUAUAUUGUUUCAGAUAUUAGUCUUCACUAAAAAGGGCUUGAAAAAUUGUUAGAUUUGCUUUUUAUGCAAUUCUGUUUUGAGAUGUGAUUCUUGACUAGUAGAUUAUUCGGCGCAUCACUUUUGGAGACUGCUUCACCGGGCAAUGUUGAUGAAUUUCUUCCACAAUUAUUUGUGCUAUCUGCUGCAAAGGAAGAUGUUUAUGAUGAAGAACCAUUGGAAGAAGACUAUCCCAAUUAUUUUCUGUUCAUUUUUACUUGGCGACAUUUAAGGCAACUUUACAUUGUGUAGUAAAAGUUCCAGACUGUGAUGUUUGAUGUCUGUGAUGUCAAGGUAAUGCAGUUAGCUUUAUUUGUCAGCAAAACAUUUUACUUUUAUAACCCUUUUCAUCGGAAAUCUGUUGUCCACGCCCUCCAUCUUAACCUCUUCCCUCUUUUUUCAGCAAGGUGAAAGGUGACCCACUGAACAAUCUCAAACAGGCAGCAUGAGGGAUAUUUUUGGGAAAUGCAAUGUUGCAUGUUGAUAACAUUUAUAUAUAGAUUAUAUACUAUUUGUAAGGAUUUUUACAGAGCACAAUCCAGAAUCUGGUAUAAGUUGGUAUUUUUCUAACAAUUUGCACAGUUGUAUUUUAACAAUGGGUAUAACUUGUUUGUAAUUGGUAAUGUAAUGCACAUACGGUAACAUUUGACAGUUCCGAAUAUUGGUUGUAAUCUGUGUACCAUUUGGAAUGUGAGUGGCAGAUAUACUUGUUUGGCUAAUUUACAAAAAGCGAGGAACUGUGUGAGACUUUUGAUAUCUCAAAGUUCAUGUUACCCCAUUGAUUUGUGCAAAGUCUUUGGAGAUGUAUUUCUGUGUAUAACAAUAAAGACGUUAUGCC